UGUGAAUUGCGGUCUAAGCGCUGUGUCUCUUCCAUGUUUUGUAGGCAAUUUGAGCCGCAGUCACGUCGAAUACAAUUAGCGCAGAGGUGACAGGGCAUUCUGUUGGUUUAUCCAGGACAUUUCAGCUGUAUGUGCACGGAGGGAGCCGGGGAACAUGCACUUAUAGAAUGGCUGAGCCCACUCUGAACGAUGAGCAUCCGUUUGAGCCGCAUUGUCCCUCUGUCACGAGCUGAAUGUGAGAAAUGUCGAGGUGUAGGAAGAAAAUAAAGAAACGGCUUUGUUUGUGCGCUUUGGACACCGUUAGGUCACCAAAACGCGUCGUGCGUGAUUAUUUCUAAUAAAUUUAUAUCUUCGUUCCGUCUAAUGAGACAUUCGCGCUCACCCCUGUCCCGUUUUCAGGUGGUUGUAGGAUCUUUUCACGCGUGCAGAAAUUAUAACACUGUUAGUAAAUGAAUUCAGAGGUUAAAUUUUAAGAUGCAUACAUUCGAUUUGACAUCUAAUUUAUACAUCUACUAAUGACUGAUACCUCAUAGGAAGGGAUGAGACGUAGUCAGACGUUUUUUGUUUUUUGUUUUUUUAACAUUGAUUAAACGGAAUAAGAAGACUCAGCUCCAUUCAGCACCGAGGCUUUGAUGUAAGCGAUGGCCACUGGUUGCUAAAUCAUCUGCAUGGUUACAUAAGGGGCAGAUUUGGACAUGUUGGAAGUUUGUGGGCUGGACAGUGAAAGGGAUGAUGAUGAUGAAUGAUGGUUGUGAUGAUGGUGGUGUGUAGGAGGAGGAUGUGAUGACGAUGGCCACAAUUGGCGGACUAUAUUCUGCUGAGGAAAGAUGCAUUGGAGUCAUUACAAGGGAGGUGACAGAGCAGAGGUAACUCCCAAUCUGAAGCUGAUUGGGUUUUUCACAGCAGAGUUUCUGGAUAUGUUUAAACUCCGUGGGUUUUGCAAUGUCGAGGUUUGCAGUUUGUAAAUCAUCGUCCAGCUCUGAAAUGGCUGACAGGAAGCUGGAUGGCUUUGGACAGAUUUGGAUGGUAGCGCUCAUACUGCUGUGUAAUCCAGCAACGUUUAUGGUGAAGGCAAGCCUGGCGAUCAAUGAAACCCAGCAGCAGUCUUCAACCAGUGUCUACAAUGACAUUACGGUCACCAGGAACAAGAUAGUCACAGCCCAGUUUGAGUGCUAUCAAAAGUUAAUGAAAGAAAAUACCCACAGCAGACAAGAACCUGUGUGCAAUCGCACGUGGGACGGCUGGCUUUGCUGGGAUGACACCAAAGCAGGAGUUACAUCUGAGCAGCACUGCCCGGACUACUUCCAGGAUUUUGAUCCAUCAGAGAUGGUCACAAAGAUUUGCACUGACAGUGGUCAAUGGUUUCUGCAUCCGGAGAGCAACAGGACAUGGACCAACUACACCCGCUGCAAUGAGCACACUGUAGAAGGCAGAAUGACUGCAAUGAACCUUUUCUACCUUGCCCUCAUAGGACAUGGGCUGUCUCUGACUUCCCUCCUCAUCUCCCUAGCAAUUUUUUUCCAUUUCAAGAGUUUGAGCUGUCAAAGGAUCACCCUUCAUAAGAACCUCUUCUUCUCUUUUGUUCUGAACUCUGUGAUCACCAUCAUCUUGCUGAGUGCAGUGGCCAACAACCAGGAGCUCGUGCAGAGGAAUCCAACAAGCUGUAAAGUGUCCCAGUUUAUUCAUCUGUACCUGUUUGGCUGUAAUUACUUCUGGAUGCUGUGUGAGGGGAUAUAUUUGCACACUCUCAUCGUGGUGGCAGUGUUUGCUGAGAAGCAGCAUCUGAUGUGGUACUAUCUCCUAGGAUGGGGCUUUCCUCUUAUCCCAGCCACCAUACACGCCGUCGCUCGGAGCUACUACUACAACGACAACUGCUGGAUUAGCUCGAAAACAUCACUGCUCUACAUCAUCCACGGCCCCAUCUGUGCUGCUCUUUUGGUUAAUUUGUUCUUUCUACUCAACAUUGUGCGAGUUCUCAUCACCAAACUGAAGGUGACCCAUCAAGCAGAAUCAAGUCUCUACAUGAAAGCUGUGAGAGCCACGCUCAUCCUGGUCCCUCUGCUUGGAAUUCAGUACGUCCUGCUUCCCUACAAGCCAGAGGGACGGGUCUCUUCGGAAAUAUAUGACUACAUCAUGCACAUACUAAUGCAUUACCAGGGUCUGCUUGUGGCCACCAUCUUCUGCUUUUUCAAUGGAGAAGUCCAAGCUGUUCUGAGGCGGCACUGGAACCAGUAUCAUAUCCAGUUUGGCAGCAGCAUAGGAAACCACUCGGAUGCCCUGCGCUCAGCAUCCUACACAGCUUCCUCCAUCACCGAGGUACAGGGCUGCUACAGCAUCGACGGUCACUCGGAACACAUGAACGGCAAAGGCUGCCACGACACAGAUGCCUCCAUACUGAAGUCAGACAGCCCCUUCGCCUGACACAAACAGUGCUCUCAGACUCUGUCCAUCCCACCAUCACCCUUAAAAUCUGCCACAUGCUUGGAGCUCGCCAUCCGGGAAAACUGGCCACUUCCCAUAGAUACAUAGAGGAAAACGAGUGAGGGGAAAAAAAGGAUUGUACAUCCGGGCUCUCACGCAUCUGAAGGAAAUUAUAACUUCUUAUCCACACCAACACAGGUCCUUUAACUGUACUGUACAGUGAGCUUGAUACAGCUACUCCUGCGCUGUGCUUUGUCUACAAUUUGCAUCUGAACUGCUUUACUUGGACUACGAUGCUUUCAGAUCUUUCAGCCUGACUAAAUCAUUUUUAAAUCAAUAAUUACUGACUGCUUGAUUAUCCUCCCAGGUUCAUGUUGUGCACAAAAGGCCUUUUGUUACACUGUAAAUUCUUUUGACACGGUUAGUGCCAAACCAAGAAAUCUUGCCUGCCUCAUUUAUUUUUUCAUUAUCAAUAAUGAAUCAGAUAGGACGUCUAACAUGUGCAUAUUGAAGUAUUAAACAUAUCUGUAUCUUUCACAUGUUAAACUUAAUUUAUCAACAUAUUCUUGUUUAUUAAAUGAAAAUGGAUUAAAUAUCAUACAGUAUUUAUGAAAGGUUUAUAUGAUACAUGUUUUUUUUGUUUUUCAAAAUUAAAUACUGAUAUGACUUGCCAGCAGCACAUAAACUUUUCUUUGUUUCAGUGUGCAGUUCAUGUGGGCGAUUUUGGUUCAUGCCACUAGCUCACGUUCUUCAUUUCUAGUCAUGCUGAUGUUUGCACAUGCUCAAGUGAUCCUUACUAACGUGUGCAUCAGUUAGGCCACAUGGUUGCAAUGUUAACACAAUAUUAUCGAAGAGAAGCCACAUUUGAAUGUUGACAGCCAAUGGUGCGUUUGUUUUUUAACUGGAACACCCCCCUCAAAUCUGACUUCCAACUCAAAAGGUUGGAGAAUUCCCACCAACAACGAUUUUACAAUCCAGUAUAGCAGUGCAUGUAAUCUGUAAAGCCACUAUUGUGUAUUUCUGACUUGCUGAAUAAGCCAUAUGCAGAGCAUUGACCACGUUUUAUGUGUGAACAUGCAGCAGCUGUGUUUUUAAGCUUAUAAAAUAAGCAAAGCGCUAUAUUGCUAGUCAUGCAUGAAUGGCUUUACCUUGCGAACGAGCAGAAGCAGCUAGGACGCAUUCGGCUCGGGAGUGACAUCGCACCCCGCUCUGACGUGCAACUUCCGAGGCAAAUGAAAUGCAGCAUUUGUUUAAAGACUUGGCUUCCUUAAGCACACGUCACAUUCCCUUUCACUGCUGUCUUUACAUACCCCUCUUAAAGCAUUUAGAAAUAAUUAAGAUGUCAACAGUACUCAGUUUUCAGACUGAAUACAGGAAGUUAAUUGGAUGAGGAGCUGCUUUUUCCAGUACCGUAGUAGGAAGAAAAUUAAAUCAAAUUGAAGAAGACCAGAAUUAUUAAUGUGCGCAUGAAAGAGGAGAAAUUUAAUUUAAUCCCUCUUGUGUAAUGAACAAAGCCAUGUUUCUGUUUCUUUAUAGUGCAACUGUUAGAAAUUACGGUAGAUUCACUUCCAUCUUCUUUGAAGCCAGUACACAUUCUUUUCUACCUAAAUUGAAUCUGUAUCUUAAUGUUAGCAAGUGUACUAUCUGUACUAAAAAGCUUGCCGAUUUGUAAGAGACUCACUUUAUUUGAGAACUUCAGGCCGCUAAAUCCCGAUAUAGGUGGGCUUACUUUUGCAUUUUGUCCCUGUCUUUUUAAAGCAUAGUCAUGCUACGAAACAAUGUCUUAAGGCCAGUAUGAACGUUUGAGUUCAGUGAUCAUGUAAUCAGUUUGCACAUAAAAAAUGGAAAGUGCAAUAGAACCAGGAUAAAUCAUGAUACAAAUGAAGUAAGCAACAUGAAUGUCCACUAAUGCUUCCCACUACGCUGAAGAAAUUAAAAAAUGGCAAAAGAGAAGAAGCAUUAGAUCUGUGUGAAGUGUCAAGGAAUAACGUUCCUUAUUUUCAUGCAUGAGCAAAUUAUACAAAUCCCCAAAACUUCCACUGCCUGUUUGUUUUAGGUCUGACUGGUGCUUUCUCAGUUACUUUUAUAUGAAUCCUGUCUGGGGCAAAAACCUUCUUACCUCAGUGAACCAAAUCUUUACAGUGAUUAGUGGAUAAAAGUGUAUGCAUUAAUUUAGCCAUCCCCAGGGCUGAAAUACUGAUGUUUUGUCAAAGCCAUUGGAGUCUCCAAUACUUACAAGGUUGUGGUACUACAACACACCAAGUUUAAGGGAUCUCUUGCCCCCAGAUUGUCGCGUAUAGACACUUGUAGAGGAGCUCUUGGUGUUGUAUUUAACCACACUGGUUUAGAGCAAUUUUUAUAUACACAGGGUUAUGAAUUUACAAACCAUGAUCCUUUCCUAUACCUGGUAGUUUUAUUAUUCACUACUAUUAUUUCUGUAUGGGACGCCAGUGGUAUCUGAUAAAAUGUUGUUAUAUUGUGACCAGGGAUGAAAACACACAAUUUACUGUGAUUUAUUUUAAGGCUAAAACUAUUUUAUUCCCUGAGAGUGAGGUAUAAAGAAAACAUUUCCAAGUCAUCCUGGUGCACUAUGGUAUAACUUGGGCUAAGGUAUAUGACUUUAUUUUUUGAAAAGAGCCCUCUGCUUUAGCAUAGUGCUAAUGCUAGUCUGCACACAGCCUUAUUAAGAAGUACACAUGAUAAACUUGUCACAUGUUACAUGACAAAAAACCAAAAAAAACCCACUAAAAAUUGUAAAAAUGUGUACUGACAGUUUGAAAGCAUUUAGUUCAUUUUUAAAUGUGUGUUCUUAGUGCUCAUUCACAUCACAGAACCUUCUUUGGACUUGUGUUUCUUUGUUUUUUGUCUUUUUUCUCUUCACUGUAAGUCAUUUUAACACAUUUUCCAUAAUGCUGGGAACACACAUCACUAUCAGUCAAUGUAAAUAUUUUGUAAAUCUAACAUUUCUGCAAGAAGGACAAGUGUGAGUGUGCGUAUGCAUGAUUUAUAUAUACAGUAUUAAUGAGUAUAGUAUACUCAUGAAAGCAUUCAACCACUGUUUGUUUUGUUUUUGUUUUUUUUUAAAUGGAGGGAAAUAGGAUGAAUAUAGUAACUCUUUCAUAAGAUUCAUUUGUGAAAAAUUUCAUGGAUAUCUGAAAUAACCACCAAUGAAAAGGUCAAUACAUUUACAUUGCUGGCUAUUCAUUUAUGUAUGAUAACUGUUGUAUGUUUCGAUUGUCAGUCUUUAAUACAGCUGUGACUUAAAGCAUUUAUUUCUACACUAAACAAUGAAUUGGCGUAUUUUUAAGAAACAUUAUUCGUAAGUGGUUAAUGUUUGAGGCAAAACCAAUCAGUUUGCGUCAUAUGUUCUCAAUAUUCAUUCUGUAUUGAUUCUAUGUGAGAUCAGGCUUUAAUAUCCAACAUACAGUUUGUAGUUUUAUCAUAUCAGAUCUGCAGGACAGUUUCUUCAUUUAAACAUAAACUAUACAGUCUGCAUGUAUGGUUGACGCUGUACUGCUUUGCAGCAUUUGAUUCAUGUACAAUGAGAAAGCUGUAAAGUAUCCAUAAAUAGUCAUUUAUUCUGUAGUAAUGCCUCAUAAUCAUUGAUGAAAGUAAUUUCAGAUUUGUGGAAACGCCAUAGGCUUUUGGUAAAUGUAGUAAAUCUUGUGUAUCAUUUAAGUUGUGUAUUUAUGUGUGAAAUGUUUUCAUAUGACUCUCCAAAGGAUUUGUGAUGUCCCCGGUGACACUUGGUAAAAUGUUGUAAAGUAUGACAAAAGCAUUGAGGACUAUGUCUGUAGGUUUUGUUUAUACUGUACUGUAUCUAACUUUGGUAGUCUUGACACAAUGACUUCACACUGCUGUUUGAAUGUAAAUGGUUUUGUUUUAUUCUCUGGAUGUGAAGAACGUAUAUACACAUAUAUUUACGUACAA